AUGGCGAGCCGAUUCAUUCUCGGUCGUGGCGGGGCCGUGGCCGCGACAGCAAGUGCGAUCGGUGCCCCAUCGUCAUCCCACUGCAGGGCUCAGACCCAGAACAGGGGUGGCCUGCCCAAUUCUAGCAAGGGCGACAAGGAUGCAUCCUUGGCAGUCAAGCAGGCGCAAGAUGGGGGCCACCUCACGAACCGCUUGAUUGGAGAGGUGGACCAAGAGUGGCUCGUGACAGAUGUCUACAACAACAACGUCAUGUUUGGGCCAGAAGAGAUCAGCGAGGUCGUCAACACUGUCAUGGGGAUGCCCGCCCGGGAGGCUCCCAAGGCGCUGGUGGGCAGCGACGUUGCCAUACAUGAAGUGCGCGACGACCUGUCAGACAGCGAUGAGUCAAACGCCACAGAUGCCAACGAGUACAUGCAUGCUGCCGGCAUGCAGGUCGUGCGCGCCAACAGCGAGCGCGAAAACAUGGUCCAAGCACUCAACAACCUGCUAAAUCAGCCAAAUGUCCAAUCGGUGGUGCUGCGCCAUUUGCUGGAGGACCCCACUGUGCAGACACUCAUCAAUGACCGCAACCGGGUGGCCGGAGACACCUUCCUGCCGCAGGCUGCUCGUGCAGGCUUUGAACCUGGAUGGGAAGAGGUGCCUUCUGAUGCGGACCCAGAGCAUGAAGGCUCCAACUCCAUCAAGAACAUUGCUGAGAGGGUGGCUGCCAACAUUGUGAACCUGGGCCAGCACAUCAGGGACUCCGCUGCGCACCUCCUCGUCAAUCUGGGCUACCAGAUCCACCAGCUGCUGGGUCGCCCCUUCAAGCAAGCAGCCGAGGGCAAGUCGGCAGAGAAGAGCAACGAGAAGUCGCCUCAGGAGUGGCUGCCCAAAGUGCUCAUGACCGUUGGCUGCGCGGUCAUCACACUGCUGCUCUUCAAGCGCCUGCGCAUUGUUUGA